UUUUAGAUUUAUUAGAAUUGUGAAUAGUUUAAGAAAAUAUCCUGUUCAGGUUAUUAAAAAAAUGGAACAUUUACAAACAACAGUUAUGCUUCUUUUUUCGCUAUUCGCAAUUAUUAACGGUGGAUAUUAUCAAUCAAAGAUAUUAUCAUCUGGGAAUAUUGGUUGUGAAGAUCAUAUUUGUGGAACUAAUGCAAGAUGUACUCUCAGUGAAGACAGGCCAGUCUGUUCAUGUAUGAAUUUACACAUAGGGGAUCCUCUUUUACGCUGUACUAGGGUAGAAUGCUUAAUCAAUGAGGAUUGCAUCAAAAGUAAAGUAUGCUCUAAUAAUAGGUGUAUAAAUCUCUGUAAUGAUUUAUGUGGUAUAAAUGCUUUAUGUGAAACUAAAAAUCAUGUCCCAACAUGCUAUUGUCCUCCUGGACAUACAGGAGAUCCUUUUACUUCUUGCCAUAUAGUUGAUCCCUUGGAUGCUUGUAAAGCUAGUCCUUGUGGAACUAAUACCAAAUGUGAAGUAGUAAAUAGUAUUCCAGUCUGCAGUUGUCUUCCAGGUUAUAGAGGAUCCCCUUUAACUGGUUGCCAUCAUGAAUGUGAAAAUGACAAUGAAUGUCCUAAUCAUCUUGCCUGUUCAUCUUCUUUUCGAUGUGAAAGUCCAUGUAAAUGUGGAAUAAGUGCAGAAUGUCAAGUUAUUAAUCAUCAGGCGAAAUGUACUUGUCCAAAUAACUGGUUAGGAAAUCCAUUUAUAUCUUGCCGUCCAGAAUGUACUACACACUCAGAUUGUCCAAAAAACAAACCAGCUUGUUUCUAUCAAAAAUGCAUCAACCCUUGUGACGGAGUAUGUGGUAUAAAUGCAGACUGCAAUUUACGAGGCAUAACUCCAGUCUGUAGUUGUCCAAAACACAUGACUGGCAACCCCUUCAUUAACUGCAGAUUAUUUGAAGCACGAGAUCUGUGUGAGCCCAAUCCCUGUGGCACAAAUGCAAUCUGUACCCCUGGUCAUGAUAAUACUGGAAAAGAAAGACCAGUUUGUACUUGUUCUACAGGAUAUAUAGGAAAUGCUUUAAUCAAUUGUCAACGUGGAGAAUGCUUUACUGACAGUGAAUGUCCAGAUAAUAAAUCAUGCAUUGAUUAUACUUGUCAAAAUCCUUGCACUGGAAAAGAAUGUGGUCCAACCGCGACUUGCACACCCAGGAGCCAUAUUGCAGUGUGUACUUGUCCGAAUGGUACUCGUGGUGAUGCUCUUUAUAAUUGUGAUCCGAUUGAUAACAGAUCUGUGUACAGCUAUGGCCGAGCUUAUCGACAUCGCUAUUACUGA